AACCUGAAUGAUUCUUGGUGCAUAAUGUAGUAAUCAAUAAUUAAUCGCUUUCAAGUUGUGGGAAAUUGUAGGAUUUUCACACGCAUGCAAGAAAAUGGAAAAUUGAAUGUUUCGCCUUCCACUACUACUACAAGUUUUAAGUGACGAUAUACAAAAUAUCCAAUAGUAUCAAAAUGAAGCUGACAGCUUCACAGAGAAAAAAACUAGCCGUUUUCAUACUCGUUCUUUCCAAUGCCUUAUAUUUGUACAUUGGAGGAUUAAUCUUCAGCGAGGUCGAAAAGAAGCAAGGAUCAAAACCAGAUACCAAAAGCGAGAUGGUGGAAAUUCUUGAUGCUUUGAAGACAAGCUCUUAUGGUAAACGAGUUCUUGGUAAAGACUUUGAUAGCAAGGAUAUCGUUGAACGCCUUGAAGAAAAAGAUUUAGAAAAGUUGAAGGUACAACUUAAUGCAAUCAACGRUGAGAGGAAUGCUGCAGCUAAACCCUUUUGGAGCUUUUCCAACUCGCUUUUUUUUGCAACUACGAUUGUAACGACCAUUGGUUAUGGCAAUCUUGCCCCAGCAACACUUGGUGGCCGUAUGUUUUGCAUCAUCUACGCCUUAAUAGGAAUACCGCUGACCUUGAUGUUGCUGGCUGUAGUGGGUAACGUUAUAGUUCACAAAUUAAACGAUGCCUGUGGAUGGGUGGCUACCCGGAUAAGAUCAAGAUAUCUCAAGGACUAUGAAUUUGAAGCAGCGAGUGCCGAGAUUAGCGCACCAGUGUGGCUUGCACUACCAAUAAUCUUUAUAUUUUUAGCCAUAAUGUCGACCAUGUAUUGUGCUUUGGAAGGCUGGGACUUUGGUACUUCUUUAUAUUUCAUAUUUAUAACUUUCACGACAAUUGGUUUUGGUGACAUUGUCCCGUCAAGUCAAGCGAUGACCUUAAUAUUUCAGGGUAUCUGGAUCAAUACCACCCUUCUGUAUGUUGGUUUGUCGAUUGUAUCUAUUACAAUCAACCUGUGUGCUACUGGRAUAGCAAAACAGAUGCAGAAAACUGGAAAGUACAUCAAAAUCUUGGCAUAUUUUCAAGACCAGGAUAGUCAAACGGCUAAAACUACUCAGCAAUCUGAYCAGACAACGAGACGUCGUCAAGACCCCGAACACUUUGAAAUGGAAAAAAUGGAAGAUCAACCGGAAAAUGAACAGUCUGGUGCGUCAGUCGACUCGAAAUUAAACGCAGUGGACGCMAACAAGCGAUAUGGAACUGUUGAAGACUGAACAUGAUAAAAUAUUCUAUAUGGAUGUAUAUUCUACUGAACACUGCCUGAGCAUCAUGGAUUUAUUGAUGUUAUUUAUGCAUGAAACAGAUGAAAGACAAGAAAGAAGAAAAUAUAGUUCACGAAUCAAAUUUAUUAUCGUUUUACAACUUGGUAGUGGUAUAUUUGAUGUUUAGGUUAACUGCAGCUUCGUUCAAACUAGUUUUCGUAGCCAUGCAUUGGUUUUCCUUUCUCAGAAGUAUUCAAAACAAUACAAAACUAAURGAACGAAAACGCAUUAGUUUGAAUAAAGCUCAAAUUAGUUUUUGCAAAUAAAUAAUUAAAGUAAAGGGCGUUUUGGUUAGAGUGAUUCUGCGAAAAGAAUGCGUACUUUAACAAACGUGAAAGACAAUAAAGCAGAAGGAUAAUUACUCUAAUAUAGACCGUUCUAGCCUAGUAAAUUCGUUCUGUAAUGAUUGUAUAGACAUUGCAACAUUUAACCCGAACAACAAAAUCUAACAAACACACCACAGCCAAGGUAAAGUGCWUCCUGGUUAAAUUAUUAAUACACCUAAUUGAAAAAACGUUGUCGGGUUUCUAACUGUGAAAGGAAUUACAGCGUGUCUAUGCCAAACGAUUGUCUGUUUUGAAUGAGAUCUUUUUGUUCACACAACGCAUUUUUUUUCAAUUAGGUGUGUUUUACAUUAUGUUCUAAUUCACUUGUUGGUUUAUCGUAUCAAUAAAAUAAAAACUGUAUAUACGC